AAAAAAAAACAUUGCAGUUUGCUCGAUACAUAGUGAAAUUACCGAAACCUGGUCACACGUAUUAUCUCAGAACUUAGUACUGUGUGAAUUGUAGGAAACGAUGGGCCACGGUCACGGACACGGACCACCAUACAAGGUGCCGGAUGCGUCCAUCUACAAAGUAGCGGAUGCACCAGAGCUGGUAGAAGUUGAGCGCGCACUUGCCCGUCGGGGCUUGAAAGAUCCGUGGCUAAGGAACGAAGUGUGGCGUUACAACGUGAAGCAAUUUUCGACCCACCGCUCCCGGCUGAUAACGUUCCUGUUUAAAGGAUUUCCGAUUGGAUUCGCCGCCUUCGUUGCUACUAUUGGCGUGGAAUAUGCCCUCGGGGUUGAUUACCACGGUGGCCAUGGACACGAUAAUGGUCACGGAGACAAGGACCACGGAGCCGGUCAUCACUAGUCGUUACUGGUAGAGAUUCUAGGAUGACGUUUUUUGUUGCUGUCGUGGAUUAGACUUUAUUUCCAAAAUUCUGCAUAACGAAUAAACUUAUUAGUUUUGAAGCAGAA